UUUUAAUUUAAAAAUGAAAGACAUUAGCCAAAAGACCUAUGAUGCCGAUAUUGAAUCGCUUAGCAGAGAGUCUCUAAGAUUCUACAAGAAAAUUAAUCUGGAAACAUACAAAAAUAUGUUUCUCCACAGUGACAAUGAUGAAAGCUCAAUGUCCAACACCAACAUGAGAGAAACUAAUGAAUUUCAAAUACAAAAUGAGAUUAAGAGGCUUGAUAACAUAAAUGAAUCAAGCUUUGAGCAAAAAAGUCACCAAAAAGCUAAGAAAUUUGGUUCAAGAGAUUCUGAAAAACAUUUUAACCAAAACAAAAGAAAGACAGAGAAAUUUGAACAUAAAUAAAUCCAAUAAGGAGUUCGAGAAUAGUAAAAUGUUCAAGAGCAGAGAUGUUUCUAUUAUAUAUGACAAAAGGCAAUCUGAUAAGCAUCCUUUUGAUUUCGAUAGCUAUUCAUCCUUAAUCCAGCCAGAGAAUGACUACUGAAUGAACCCUAAAAUUACACAUAGAAAUCAACUAAAAUUUGUGAAAAAUAAUGAUGAUAAUGAGAGUAGUGAGCGACAUAGCUCCUUACAGAGAUUUUGAAAGGAUGCUAGGAGAAAAUAAGGGAAAGAUUCUAUCCUUCAGCAAACCUAAAAACAUAGAUUCUGAUCCCCUAGGUUUUGAAAUAGUAGGCCCUUGCCCUUCUAUCAAACUAUAUUCUGGAGAUGCGGGCAAUACCUCCAACAAUAUCUCAACAGAAGAGCUUAAGUUACUCUGAACGAAGAAUACAAAUAAUGAGGUAUCAAGUUCCGAUCUACAACAAUUUUCUCCAAAAUAUCAGAAGAAAAAUAAAGAUGAAGACCCAAACUCGUCGCUUGAAUGUAAAGAGAUAGGCAUUCCUUCCCACCAGGAGGGUCCUUCAGACAUCCACAGUAGUAGUUAUAAAAAUAAAAAAUGAAAGAAGAGGAAAACAAGUGGAAAAUAAUCGGAGGAGAGAUUCCAGACACACCCCACACUCAGUAGGCAGAAGACCUCACAAGAGACAAGACGAGGGCGAAAAGCCUCUAACUACCAGGGAAGUAAUGCAGAUCAUGAACACUCAAAUACAAAGUAUUAGGAAUGAAUUCAUAGCUGUUCUGCAGAGCAUUAAUACUAGAAUUGAUACUACAAAGACUGAGAAUACUUAUUUCCAAACAAUGGAGCAGAUAAUAAAUGAAGGUUCUAUCCAAAGAAAGAAUAAUUUUCAUCCAGAUACAAGGAAUGUACCUCAAGACUCUUCUUCAUCAGCGAUCAAGAAUUUAUCAGAGUAUGAUUAUCCAUCCCAGAAUCAACCCUCUAGAGAGGAGAAGUCUAAAGAUACUUUACCCUAAA